AUGUCCCGACAAUUACGGGCACUAUUUAUCUCUAUUGACGCCACCGGACAUAUUAAUGCCUGUAUAGGUGUGGCGCAGGCAUUGAUGGCCAGUGGCUAUAGUGUGACAUUUGUUAUGAAUGAACAAUGGAAGGGAUACUUCACAAAAUACGGUUUCAAUGAAAUACUAUUACCAGAUAUGGAGUCGAGAGCCGAGGAUAAUAUGAUUAAGGAUAUAGCGAUCCGUUUGGUUGAUGAUGGGGUUAACUGUCCGACGACGCCAUUAGAAAACUCUAUCAAACUUAACCGAAAAACUUUUCCCAUUUUUAUUGAACGUACAAAACAGUUAGACAAUGAAUUAGAAAAAAUAUUGCCAACCAUUCAAAAGGACGUCAUAUUAAUAGACAAUCCGUUUUGUUUGUCAUCAGUGGUCAAUUCGGGCACUCCAUGGGUUAAUAUAUGCAGUGCUAAUAUAUUGUAUUAUUUAGAAGACAAUAGGACACCACCGGUUAAUUCAGGAUUGCCAACCGUUGGACACGAAAAUGAGUGGAAAGAGUUUCGUUCAAUUAUACAUAAAUUUCCCGAGGAAUUGGAUUAUACAGAUCUGAGACCACUCCCCGACAAUUGGCAUCGAUUUGAUAAUUUUAUGAGACGUGACAAACAUUUGAUAUUUGAAAUACCGGACAAAUUGAAAGGAAAACCGGGAAAAUUGGUUUACUUUUCAUUGGGAUCAACGGGUGCGGCAAAUGUCGAUAAUAUGAAUCGACUUUUAGGUAUUUUAAGUAAAUCCAACAAUCGGUUUAUUAUAUCAAUGGGCCCACAAUAUGAAAGCAUCAAAUUGUAUGAUAAUAUGUGGGGACAGUCAAGUGUACCACAAAUACAAGUGUUACCGUUAGUUGAUUUGGUUAUAACUCACGGCGGAAACAAUACUACAACUGAAACAUUUUAUUUUGGAAAACCAUUGAUAGUUAUGCCACUGUUUGGCGAUCAGUGGGAUAAUGCACAGAGAGUUGAGGAAAAAGGAUUUGGCCUUAGAUUGGAUGCAUACAAGUGUACAGAAAAGGAGUUAUUAUCAGCAAUCGAUACACUAUUGAAUGACAACAAAUUGUCGGAUAAAUUGAAACAAAUAUCACAACGAAUACAACAAGAAAAUAAGUUGAUAUACUAG